AUGAGUGAAUCAAAACCUCUUAAUACUCCAUUCUCUUCUGGGUCAUCUUUAUCUCGCCAUGAUGGCGACACUCUUCCUGAACCAUUUUUAUAUCGCAGCAUUGUUGGUGCUCUCCAAUAUUUGACGCAUACUCGUCCUGAAAUUGCAUUUGCUGUCAACCGUGUCUGCCAAUUCAUGCAGUCUCCUACCACCACUCAUUGGACUGUAGUAAAAAGAAUACUCCGAUACCUUCGUCAUACUCCUCGUCAUGGACUUCUCAUUCGUCCAUCAUCUUCUCUCGAUAUAUAUGCUUUCUCUGACUCCGACUGGGCUGGUUGUCCGGACGAUCGUCGCUCCACAACUGGCUACUGCAUAUUUCUUAGUGACAAUCUUAUCUCUUGGAAUUCAAAGAAACAGCAAGUUGUUGCUCGGUCUAGUACCGAGUCUGAGUAUCGAACUCUAACUCAUGCCACUGCUGAACUCAUCUGGCUCCAAUCCUUGUUACGUAAACUUUGCAUCUCCCCACUUCAACCUUCCACUCUAUGGUGUUAA